UUUGGUAACCCUCCAUUUACAACUCCCGGUAAUAUUAAUAGUACUUCCUUUUUCUUUUAUUAUUAGGGCCAACAUAAGGUAAGUGAUUGAUUGCUCACAUAUAAACCUCACACCAACCACACCAUAGAGAAACAAGGAAAAAAUUUAAGCGAUAGAGAGCUCUAUAAAUUCCAAACCCAUUUAAGCUUCAUCUUUUUCAAAUUAAAAACCAUUUUUAUCCAAGUCUUGGAUUAAUUCUUGGUGAAUUUAUUCAAAAAAUUAAAAAAUCUUGGUGAAUAAUUCCUGCAUUUCUGUUCAAGAAUUAUAGAUUAGCAGAUUCAUAAGAGGUGAAUUAGUAUAUAAGUUUAUUGGAUCAUCGAUUCCCUCGUCUUUUUCCAACACAUUACUCUCGUAAAUAACUUUCUCGACUCCCGGAAUCCCCCGUUUUUCCAAAACAACCAGGGAAUGCUGCAAGAUGUGCUUGACAUCUAAGGAUUCUCUGACUAAACCCAAAUUACUCAGAGCUCUACUCGAGCUUCAGCCAUCAACGACAGAUAAGUAUCGACACAUUGUAUGCAGAUAUAUCAGUUUUGAGCUCUACAUGCCCACUGUAUGCAAGAAUGUCAUGGAUUACCUUAUUUCUACAUAUGAGCUAUGUGAAGAUGGUUGACUGAUUUCGUUAUUUUUUUCGUAGCAUAAUAUUAAUUCGAUUUGAUAUUGUUCUGCAAAAUUUAUUUUAUCCGUAGUUUGAGAUGGCGGAAAAUAAAGUAACCAUCUUGAUGCAGCGAUACGAGUUAGGAAAGUUACUAGGACAGGGUACUUUUGCAAAAGUGUACUUUGCGAGAAAUAUGAAAACGGGUGCAAAUGUUGCGAUUAAAGUAGUCGAUAAGGAGAAGGUUUUGCAGGUCGGAAUGAUCGAGCAAAUUAAGCGAGAAAUUUCGGUUAUGCGACUUGUGAAACACCCGAAUGUCGUGCAGUUGUACGAGGUUAUGGCGAGCAAAACUAAGAUUUACUUUGUCAUGGAAUAUGUCAAAGGCGGUGAGCUUUUCAACAAAGUCGCCAAAGGAAGGUUGAAGGAAAAUGUUGCUAGGAAGUAUUUUCAACAGUUAAUCUCAGCUGUUGAUUUCUGCCAUAGUAGAGGUGUUUACCAUCGAGAUUUGAAACCCGAAAACCUCCUUCUAGAUGAAAAUGAAAAUCUCAAGGUGACGGAUUUUGGGUUGAGUGCUAUAUCGGAAACAAGGAAGCAAGACGGGUUGCUUCACACGACGUGUGGGACCCCUGCUUAUGUUGCACCAGAGGUUAUUCUAAGGAAAGGCUAUGACGGAGCAAAAGCUGAUAUUUGGUCUUGUGGGGUGAUCUUAUUUGUGCUAUUGGCCGGAUAUCUUCCGUUCCAAGACUCGAAUCUUAUGGAGAUGUAUCGAAAGAUUGGAAAAGCGGAGUUCAAAUUCCCGAAUUGGAUUCCUUCCGAUGCACGGAGAUUGCUCGUCAAGAUCUUGGAUCCGAACCCAAAGACAAGAAUCACAACAGCUAAGAUUAUGGAGAAUUCUUGGUUCCGAAAAGGGUUUGAGUCUAAACGCUUAGAUGCUAGGCCCGUUUUUAACGAUAUGCAGCCCGAUUCAGUGGAUGUAGAUGCUAUUUUCGGUUCUUGUGAGAACAUCGAAGCGAAACAAGAAGUUUCUCAGCCGUGUUACAACUUAAAUGCAUUUGAUAUCAUUUCCUUCUCGGAAGGAUUUGAUUUAUCUGGUUUAUUUGAGGAUAAGAGCCAGAAAAAGGAGGUUCGGUUCUCAGCCAAUCGGAGUGCUUCAACGAUCAUCUCAAAGAUCGAGGAAGUAGCUAAGAAGCUUAAGCUGAAAGUGAAGAAAAAAGACGGUGGCCUAAUGAGAUUUGAAGGGUGCAAAGAAGGGCGAAAAGGGGUUUUAUCCCUUGAAGCCGAGAUUUUUGAGGUUACUCCGACUUUUCAUAUGGUAGAGCUGAAGAAACGGGGUGGAGAUUCGUUCGAGUAUCAAAAAGUCGUAAAGCAGGAGAUGAGACCAGCUCUUAAGGACAUUAUCUGGACUUGGCAAGGCGAGCAAGCAACAGAACCUUCACCCGCUACUUUGUCAGGGGAGUCUUAGACGAUUAUGUUCGUGCAGCGAGCAGCUCCUUUUCGGGUUAUUUGCUUAGUACAUUUGUCAUGGGCAUGCUUAUAAGAUAUAUUCUAUGCCUGUUUAACUUGGAUGUACUUAUGGUAAAGUUUAAUUGUAAACUUAUGAUUCUGUUUUGCCUAAAAUACUGCAUGUUAGAUUAGUCGGAAGUAAUCAGUAUUCUGUUUCGUUUAA